CAAAUAUCAAAAAACCCAUUUUUCCGAACAAAUCAUGGUUUUUGAUGCUGUCAAUCCAGACCCCGACAGCUUCGUCUACUAUGAUCCGAUCUAUAACGACGACGGUGAUUUUCGCAGAACCCAAAACUUGAUGUUCAUUUUUCAUGUGUGUUACAAUCUUGCCCCUGAAGUAAAUUCAGAUGGAGAAGAAGAAGAUCCUCACAAUCUUGAAACUCUAGUACGUGAUCAAACUCAAGAGUUUGAUAAAGAAUUGCUUUUCAGUGGAGAUAGGGAGCAAAUACAAGUCAUUGUCUAUCACUUGCUUGAUUUGAUUAAAGCCCCUCGUUAUAUUGAGGUUGUUAGCAAACUCAUUGAUGCAAUCUUUGAUUUGAAGGAGCGUGAUAAGAUCUCUAACGUGAUGAAGGUAGAUGUAGUCAUAAAUGUUAUUGUGUGGAGGUUUCCUGAUGAUGAUGAUGAUGAUGUAGAUGUGAAACUUGAGGUGGCUCCGGCGAGCAAUGAGGCGAUAGAGCAACAUUUGGAGACGGUGGCUGUUGAGAAUGAAAGUUAUUGUGUGAUAUGCAUGGAUAAUAUCCGAGUUGGAUCGGAUAUGGCAGCUGGUCGAAUGCCGUGUUCUCACGUGUUUCAUCGCACGUGUGCUGAAAAUUGGCUUAGGAGUAGUGGGAUUUGUCCGGUGUGUCGUGCCAUGUUUCCGUUCUAAACCCUAAAACCUAUCUCUCAAACCAUUUGUGUUAGUUUCGUUUAUUAUGUUUGAUUUAUGUAAUCCCUUCACUUUAUCUUUCCUUUAUGCGUUUGAAUGUUCAAUACAAUAUGAUUCAUCAAGCUUCAUUGCUAUUUUCUGUUUCACACCCUUUUUCAUAGAUAUAAUUUAGGGAGGUGUAUUGAAUUGUGGAUCUAAUUUAUUUGGUAAGGUUUUAAUUAACUUCAAGGAUAUUC